AUGUCGGCAACGGGCGCGACAGCGAAGACGCAGGUGGGAGAGGUGCGCAGGCGGGACAAUGUCACCACCACCACCACCAACACCAGCAGCUCGAGCCUGCACCACGAGCGCCCCGAGCUCACCCCCGGCACCAGACCCUCUGCUCCGCGACCUGUACCGCGCACCCGCCCCAACCACCGAGACGGCCUCUUUGCGCGCAUUUGCGGCAACAAGGCAGCUGCGCUCGGCCUGCUGGUUGGCCUUGCCGUCUUCUUCCUCCUCGUCUUGCCUCGUCCCGCCCACCUCCGCCUCUUCACCCCACCACCACUCGACCCCUCCGCGCCCGCGACCCAAGCUGGCUCUUUGCCGCCCGUGCAAGACACCCUCGCCCGCAAUAUGGCGCUGAACAACACCACGGGCACCACGAGCGUGGCCCGUGUCUACGCCGAUGUCAAUGCGAACAUGCCCCGCUCCUACUGGGACUACGACUCGGUCAACAUCUCCUGGGGCGUGCUCGAGAACUACGAGGUCGUCCGCAAGAUUGGCCGCGGAAAGUACUCGGAAGUCUUCGAGGGCAUCAAUGUCGUCAACUACCAGAAAUGCGUCAUCAAAGUCCUCAAGCCCGUCAAGAAGAAGAAGAUAAAGCGAGAAAUCAAGAUUCUGCAGAAUCUGUCUGGCGGGCCUAAUAUCGUGUCACUGCUGGACGUGGUGCGCGAUAAUCAGGUUAGUCAUGGCUCCUUUGCCUCGCCUGCUUUCAGCAAAACUCCGUCUUUGAUCUUCGAGUAUGUUAACAACACCGAUUUCCGGAGCCUCUAUCCCAAGUUCCAGGACUACGACGUGCGGUACUAUAUAUUCGAGCUUCUCAAGGCCCUCGACUACUGCCACAGCAAAGGUAUCAUGCACCGUGAUGUCAAGCCUCAUAACGUUAUGAUCGAUCAUGAGAAGCGGAAGCUGCGCCUAAUUGAUUGGGGUCUUGCCGAGUUCUACCACGCAGGUACCGAAUAUAACGUCCGCGUUGCCUCGCGUUACUUCAAGGGCCCAGAGCUCCUCGUCGACUUCCAGGAGUACGACUACUCGCUCGACAUGUGGUCACUGGGUGCCAUGUUUGCCUCGAUGAUCUUCAGGCGAGAACCGUUUUUCCACGGCAAUAGCAAUUCAGACCAGCUCGUCAAGAUUGCCAAAGUCCUAGGGACCGAAGACUUGUUCGACUACCUCGACAAGUACGACAUUGAACUUGAUGCCCAGUACGACGACAUACUUAGUCGGUAUCCGAAGAAGCCCUGGCACUCGUUCAUCAACGCCGACAACCAGCGAUUUGUUAGCAAUGACGCAAUUGACUUCCUAGAUAAGUUACUUCGAUACGACCAUCAGGAUCGAUUGACGGCUGUAGAAGCCAUGGCACAUCCUUACUUCGCCCCCGUCCGACAGGCUGCCCAACAGAACAGCACCUCGGCAUGAAAGAUACCCACUUCUCAGUAAUUAGACCUUAAAUAAUGGCACACAAUUACAAGCAACGAAGCCUUUGAAUCAACCUGUUGUUCUUUGUUGGAUGACGACCCGGAAAGUUCUCAGUCUUACCUAUAGCGACUGCAGACCUGGAGAAGCAUGAACCAUAGUAACAAAACAAGUGUAUGGUACGGCGUGUGGGCUAUCUUUCCUUUGCAUAUCUCGCUCAGGGGUGGGACUGGGCUGUUGUCGG